GGACAUCAUGUAAAUAGUUCCAAAUCCAAAUUUUAAAAUUUGGAGGAAGAACCUGUAAUUUCUUUCGAAUCUGUUCAAGAUUCUUCAAUAAUGGCUUCGUCGGCGGCCGGUGCUUCUCGUUGCUCCUCUCUCUGUGUAAAUUGCCGAACUGAUAUUUUUAUUUUUUUUUCCUUCACCAAAACGGCGUCGUUGGUUGAAGGGAAAUCUUAGCCUUCAACCCAUUAAGUGGGACACCUGUCGUACCCACGACAUUUCACUCCGCACUCAGUCACUCUAGAGGAUCCGAACGUCGACCUUAUUGCAUAGUGUUAUUGUGGACUUUGCAGCGGUCGGGAUGAUGGCCAGUUCGCUAUGGAAUCGGCAUCCACAGCUUGGUUUUCAAUAUGAGUCCAGUCAAUUCAGUAUUCAGAGUCGCGCCCACUCGUCUAAUUUCCGUCAAUAUCACUCCCCCUCCCCCUCCGUUGUAAAAAAUCGUCGUAUUUGUAGGGGUCAUCGCAAUAAAAUCUAUUGCUACAACUCUAAUGACACCAGCAACACUCGACCAGAAAGAACUGGAAUCCAGCUCUACCGCGAUAUUGAGAGAUUAGUUACAGAGAAUGUAAGGCAGUCUCAAGAUGCUUGGGGUGGUUCAGGAGACUGGAGUGAAGUUGAGGGAGCAUGGGUUCUGAAACCAAGAAACUCAAAACCAACGUCAGUUGUACAUUUUGUUGGUGGUAUAUUUGUUGGGGCUGCCCCUCAGCUUACCUACCGCUUGUUUCUUGAGCGACUUUCAGAAAAGGGUAUUUUGGUGAUUGCAACACCUUAUGCUAGUGGAUUUGAUCACUUCUUCAUUGCCGAUGAAGUGCAGUUUAAAUUUGAUAGGUGUCUUCGCUUUCUACAGGAAACAGUGAGUUUCAAUGUACAAGAUCUUCCUACUUUUGGCAUUGGGCAUUCUCUGGGAUCUGUUAUCCACCUUUUGAUCGGUUCAAGGUAUGCUGUGCAAAGGAAUGGAAAUGUAUUGAUGGCAUUCAAUAACAAGGAAGCAAGCUUGGCUAUCCCAUUAUUCUCCCCAGUUCUUGUCCCAAUGGCUCAAAGCAUUGGACCGCUUCUGUCACAGAUUACAUCAUCACCAACAGUCCGCCUUGGGGCAGAGAUGACUAUGAAACAGUUAGAGAACCUUAGCCCUCCCAUAAUGAAGCAAGUUCUUCCUCUGGUUGAGCAACUUCCUCCUUUGUACACAGACUUAGUCAAUGGAAAGGAAAAUUUCACUCCAAAGCCAGAAGAAACAAGACGACUAACAAAGUCAUACUAUGGCGUUUCCAGGAAUCUUCUAAUAAAGUUCAAAGAUGAUACAAUUGAUGAAACUUCAGCACUAGCACAGGUGCUUAGCGAUUCAGCCAUUAGUUCAAUGCUGGAUAUGUCGAUUCGCUUGUUGCCCGGGGAUCACAGUCUUCCUUUGCAACAGGCUCUCCCAGAUGUUCCUCCAGCAAUGGCAGAUGCAGUUAACAGAGGAGGGGAGUUCUUGGCAAAUUUGACUGCAGGAACACCAUGGGAGACUGUCGCCAAAGAAGUAGGCAACACACUAGGUGUAGAUUCAAAGAUCCUUCGUGCAGAAAUAUCAAAGGAUGUAGACCUGCUUGUGGAUGUAAUCACAUCUUGGAUGGCUUCUAAUGCAGGUCCAAAACUUUUGAGACCAUGACAAAGAAUGAUAAAACAAGUUCUUGCAGUAGUGAAAAUUUACGCGAUAGUGAAGAAACAAAAGAAAUGGGUGUAAAAUAAGGUUAAUUCUUAUUGUUUGCCUGUGUUAUUUUUUCAUUUUAACUGGCUGAAAAUCUCAGAAGUAUAUACAUAUAUCUGCUAAUGUGAGGUUGUUGUAUAUGUAUCCUUGUUUAUAAGGUUGUAAUAAGCAACACUCGUUAAACAUGACUAGGAUCACUUCAUGAUUGCCAAUAAGAGAAGGAAACCUUUAUAUUUUUGGUCA